UUUAAUAUAUUCCACCCCCUAGCUGUAGUUUCCGCAACUCUGUUCCCAACUCUAGUUUUUGGCAUCUCUGCGUUGCUCCGUGACUGGGUUCUUUCGUCGACCUUUGUUGUGCUCGGAAUGGCUCGUGCAAUGAAUAAAAGAGCUAAAUUAAGAUCACGUCCCGCCCUCAUUAGUACGGACACAGAAAUCGAAAAUAGGUCGCGUGUUCUCAAAACGGAAGCACCUUCGUCAAACGGGGAAGGUAGCGGAUCGACUCCCCCACUUCGUCCUGAACUCACGGAAGAAGGUGCUGGACAUGAAACUGGUCAAGGAGGCACUUCCAAGGGUCAUGUUGGCAGUAGCGGCAUAUAUAAAGGAAUCGACUUGGAUAAGAAAACAAAAUCCAAGAAGGAGAAAUUGCCCAUAUAUUUAAAUUACUAACAUUCUCGUUCAAAUUCGUUCUACAGGCUAGACGCGCAGAAAAGAAACGAAGUGCACCACGCAAGCAGGUUUCGAACUCAAGAAAGAAAAAUAGGGAGCUAAGAGAAGAAUGAAGUUUGUUGGUGGAAGCAUGGUGCGGUAGAAAGAAUAGUUAAGUGUUAGUACUUUUGUUAAGAGAGAUAAUAGAACAAUUCAUGGAUUUAGAACUUGUUAUCUAUUAUUUUUUAGUAUUUUUCUAGUUUCACGAGAGAAUGGUUAUUCUUUCAAACUAUGAAUGUUGGUUUUUCUAGUGUUGGAUGAGAUGACAUUGUAGUAGUUUAGUUUUAUUGCACUUUUAUGGAGAUGAUUUUAUG